AUGGGGAUCCAAAUGGAUAUAUACAGACAGGAUAUUCUAAAAUUUAAUUGUGAAGGUAUUUUUCCCAUCAGUUCUAUGACUGGUGCAGGAGCAUGGGACGAGUUACCUGUGGUGGCAAACUCAAAUUUAGCAGAAUCUACAUCAGAAAAUCGAAAUGAAACUGCACUAGAAAAAAUAAGUUCACCACGCUUGUGUGUGAUUGGAAACUUACCAUUCAAUAUUUCUACUCCUUUGAUUUCUCAAUGGCUUCAUGAUAUUGCUGAGCGACGAGGAAUUUGGCGAUAUGGACGAGUCCCUUUGACAUUGACUUUUCAAAAAGAAGUUGCUGAACGACUUGCUGCGGAUGUAUGGGAUGAACAGCGUUCUCGCUUAUCUGUCAUGUCACAAGCAUACUGCGAUGUUAAAUACAUGAAGGAUAUUCCAGGUACUGCUUUCGUUCCUCCACCAAAAGUAGAUGUUGGUGUCGUUCGUCUAAUUCCUUUAAAACAACCGCUUAUUCCUGUACCGUACCCGUAUGUUGAAAAAUUGGUACGUCAAGCAUUUCACUUUAGACAAAAGCAAAUAGUUCGAUGUCUUGAAACAUUAUUCCCUUCUAAUAGACCUGAACUGGUUAUUCAGCUAUUCAAAGAAGCCGGUGUGCAACCCUCCAAACAGUGUAUACAGUUGACAAUGUCAGAAUUUCGAGAUUUAUGCUUUGUAUAUCAUCGUAUUUGUCAGAUUGAACCUGAUGUAUUCGAUUUUGAUUAUCAAACCCGAACUAAUUUACCAUUGUGGUAUAGUCGUAAGAAAAUUCAACGAGAAAUGUUAGACAGUCCAACUGGUCUUACGGCCAAUCGUGUUCGUCAAGAAAUAUAUGGAUUCAGUCAGUAA